GUUGAAGCGCCGGGGCUCGGGCGCCGCUGCAGGAGCGCGGAGAGAGGCGCCGGGCCGGAAGGCGCCGGCGGCCGCGCGCCCCUCCGUCCUUCCUUCCUCUCCCCGCCGCCUCCCCGGGGCCGCCGCCCGCGCUUCUCGGCUGCCUCCCGGGCGCAGCCAUGGACUGAGCGCCGCCCGCCGGAGCCCGAGCCGAGCCGAGUCGGAGCGCGCCCGCCUGGGAUGGGCCCGCGGUGAUGGGGUCGCCCCUGCGCGCCGUGGCCCGGCCGCCGCCGCUGCUGCUCCUGCUGCUGCUGCUGUCGCCGGCCGCGCUCGCCGUCCCCGUGCCGGUCGCCGCCCGCGGCCGUCAGCUCCCGGGGCGCUUCGGCUGCUUAUUUGAGGAUGACCUUUGCAGAUCGUCUGAGAUCUGUGUGAACGAUGGGGUGUUUGGAAGGUGCCAGAGGAUUCCGGUGAUAGAUGCGUACCAAUAUGAAGUUUCGUCGGUUGUUCUGCAGCAUCUGAGAGCCACUUUGCAGAAGCUGUCCCGCGCAGGUUUCACAUGGCAGGAUGACUAUACCCAGCGUGUGAUGGCCCAGGAAUUUUCAAACCUCCCCAAAACCUACCCACGGCAUCCUGAAACUUCUUCAAGGGAGAAGUCCAACCCAGCCAGGACCUCUAAACAGAAUGUUGGCAACGAGAGGAGGUUCAGCCUGGAGAACGACGUUACCUUGACCAAGACUCUUCAACAAUACCUUCCUUACCUGGGGAUUCUGUCCCAGGCCACAGUUUCAAAUGUGUACCCCAGGAUGAAGAGUGACAAAUCACCAACUAAGAGUGAUGGCCCCUUCCCAGAGAGCAUCCUGACCUACGUGGCGCAGACGUCCAAGGGCAGUAGUUCCGCUCUGACUUAUCCUCCCAUGUCCCGGGCAAGCUAUCCCGAGGAUCUUCGGCUGCAGACUCUCAGCCAGCUCCAGCUUGACGAGCUCAGCCCCAAGGUGGACAACGGUCUGGACAAACAGAACCUGAUCGCGGCUCUCAGCGCUUACGCGGCUCAGAAACCCCCGGCGCCGAGCCUGGGUCGGGGCUCCGCGCUCCUAGCGGGCGCGGACGAGGAGGCGCCCCCCGGAGAGGACGCCCCGGGUGCGCUGUACCUUCUGCGGGCCCGUCUGAGAGCCCUGGAGCCGGUUUCCGCGCCCGCCGCCCUCCAGACCUGGCCGUCUGCUCCGCUAGAUCCCAGAGACCCUCUCGGCACUGGCGAUGAAGCAUUUAUUAAGAAUCUCCUGAAGGACCUGAGAAAGCACCAGGUCAAUGUGGACAACCUGAGUCCCCUGGAACUGGAUGAGAUGGCUAACGUGAUCGUUAAUGUCCUGCACGGUGUGGAGACAGAAGAUCAGGAAAGUACCGGAAGAGAAGCUGAAGGAAAACCCAGAGAAGAGGCAGACAGCUCAGAAGCAGCACACUACGACAAUGACAAGAAGGGCGAAGACAGUUUGCAAGAUAACAGAGUACAAGAAGAUGAUGAUAAAGUUUAUGAAGAGAUAAAACGCUUAAAUGUCAAACUCGGGGACCUCUUGAAGGAGCCCGGAUCUCAGAACAUGCCUGAAGCUGUCCGUCUUGCAAAGUCCUUUAAAACAGAGAUUAAGAAAUCGGAGGAUUCUGAAUCAUCAAUGUCUUCAGAAGAAGAGAAUGCUGGGGUUGAAAACGUAAAGAGUCAGACUUACUCCAAAGAGGUAUUCGAUAAGAUGCCAAAUUCUGAGUCCAGUGUGGAUGGGUUUGUGGAUGACCAAAACUGGAUUCAAGGGGCUUUGAACCAAGAUGCAAACCUUCAAGCAGGAGCUGGGAAACACCCAGGCGAGGGCCUACAAUUACAAGUUAAGUCUUCUGAUGAAGAGGAAUACGGCUACAUUGUGACAGAAAAUAACCCUCUGAGCCCGGAAAAGGGAAAGAAGUUGAUAGAGGACAUAGCGCAUCUACUGAAGGUGCCGACAAGCACCUUUGCAGACGUCACUGUCCUGGGACCUGCAGUGACCUUCAAAGUGAGCUCCAGUGUCCAAAAUGUGACAACUGCAGAUGUUGCUAAGGCAGCAGUUGACAACAAAGACGAGCUUGAAAAAACUUCUGGAGUGAAAAUUCUUCAAACUGGAAUUGGGUCGAAAAGCAAAGUAAAGCUUCUGCCUCAUCAGGUGGAGCAAGAAGACUCAACCAAGUUCAUUGUUCUCACCCUAAUCUCCAUUGCAUGCAUCAUUGGGGUCCUCCUGGCUUCAGGAAUCAUCUACUGCCUACGCCACAGCUCUCACUACAAGCUGAAGGAGAAGCUCUCGGGACUAGGGGGUGACCCAGGCUCAGAUGCCACUGCUGCAUAUCAGGAGUUGUGCCGGCAGCGCAUGGCUGUCAGGUCCUCCGACCGCCCGGAGCCCCUGCACACGUCCCGCGUCAACAGUGUCUCCUCACAGUUCAGCGAUGGACCCAUGCCCAGCCCUUCGGCCCGGAGCAGCACCUCAUCCUGGUCCGAGGAGCCGGUCCAGUCCAACAUGGACAUCUCCACAGGUCACAUGAUCCUGUCCUACAUGGAAGACCACUUGAAGAACAAGAAUCGACUGGAGAAAGAGUGGGAGGCGCUGUGUGCCUACCAGGCAGAGCCCAACAGCUCCCUCGUGGCCCAGAGGGAAGAGAACUUGCAGAAGAACCGCUCCUUGGCUGUGCUGACAUAUGAUCACUCCAGAAUACUGCUGAAAUUGGAAAAUAGCCACAGCAACUCGGACUAUAUCAACGCAAGCCCCAUUCUGGAUCACGACCCUAGGAAUCCUGCAUAUAUUGCAACCCAAGGACCUCUUCCAGCCACGGUGGCUGACUUCUGGCAGAUGGUCUGGGAGAGUGGCUGUGUGGUUAUUGUCAUGCUGACACCCCUCACGGAGAACGGAGUCAAACAGUGCUACCACUACUGGCCAGACGAAGGCUCCAACCUUUACCACAUCUAUGAGGUGAAUCUGGUCUCUGAGCAUAUCUGGUGUGAGGAUUUCCUGGUCAGAAGCUUUUAUCUGAAGAAUCUUCAAACUAAUGAGACUCGAACCGUGACCCAGUUCCAUUUCCUUAGUUGGUAUGACCAGGGAGUUCCAUCCUCCACAAGGUCUCUUCUGGAUUUCCGCAGAAAAGUAAACAAGUGCUACAGGGGCCGUUCUUGUCCAAUAAUUGUUCACUGCAGUGAUGGCGCUGGAAGAAGCGGCACCUACGUGCUGAUUGACAUGGUUCUCAAUAAGAUGGCCAAAGGUGCUAAAGAGAUUGAUAUUGCCGCGACCCUGGAGCACUUGAGGGACCAGAGACCAGGCAUGGUCCAGACAAAGGAGCAGUUUGAGUUUGCGCUGACGGCAGUGGCUGAGGAAGUGAAUGCAAUACUCAAGGCCCUUCCGCAAUGAUUGUCAUAUUUACCCGAAGCUUUCUGGGAGUCCUCCCCAAUCCCCUUGAAUGUUGUUGGAAACCAUGAUAUGACUUUAAUUGUGUGUCUUCUAUUGUAACUGCAUAGUAAUAGGGUCUUUAAAACUCCUGUAGUCAGUACAGUUUAGCAGUUAAAAUGUGUAUUUUUGUUCAACCAAAUAACAAUAAAGAAAGAUUUGUGGAAACAUCCAAUUAUGGGGGGAAUCAGUUCAUCUAAUUAUUUUUACUUUCUUGAAAAAAAAAUUACUUUUCCAUAAAGCACACAUUCACAUUCUUAAUUGCAAAUAAUGUUGUAUGCGUGAUGCAGUAAUUAGUACAUUCAAAAUGGUCUCCAGGAAGUGUUUGCUUGUAAUCUGUAACUUUCUGCAGGAUGAAUCAGCUGUGGAGGGAGGGGACCGAAGAAAGAAAACUGGCAAGGCAAUAAACAUAGGCUCCCAGGUGUAGAAAUCACAUCUGGCAUUUGUCUUUAAAAUGAUUUAUCAUCAAGAGAAACCACUGACUUAAUCAGGAGUUAGAAGACAGAACCAUUAACACUCCACAGCUUUGGGCAAAUAAUGUACGAAAAUGGUCACACCACCUCUGUUCUACUCAAGUACGGGCUAUUUGAUGUAUUCCCCCGAGCAUGUGGACUGCCCAUGUCAACCACACAUUUCACCCUUCCACAGCGGGUUCCUCUUGUGGGCAAAUGUUCUCCCACCCCGUGGACAGUGCAGCAGUGUGUGAUGUCCAGAGCCCAGGUGCAUUUUCAGGACAUCUCCACCUUUGUGUUGCAAAGUUAUAGAUUAGCCCAACCUUGAGGCACAUUUUUUUUUAACUUUAAAAUAUUGACUUGCACAUUGCAAAAGCAGUUUCUACCUGGCAAUCACUUUCCUAUGAGAUAACCAAAAUUAGGAAGACCAAACCAAGGCAUUUAACAAGUGCUGAGGUUUCCCAAGAGCAGGUAAGCUCCCAUGGGACAUAUCUGGCCUCCUCCCAAAGAAUGUUUCUGGCCCUGCUGGCAUCCUACAAAAGACCUAUGGAUAUUUUCACUCAUUUCCUGGAAAGAAGGAAACACGGGAAGAGCUACACUUUUUGCCGUUAUCUAUGUGAGGUCAUAGCAACCGGGAGAAGAGUAAAAAAAUACAGUUAGUCAACCUGCUGCUUCUUAGAUGUCAAGAAUCUUAGACUGACUGAAGUGCUUUCUUCACUUACAUUAACCAGUGGUUUUGACAUCAUGUAAAUAUAGGCAUGGACCUACAUGCUUAUAGAGAUGAUUUGGAUUUGCCAAAAUAAUGUUUAAGCACCAGAUUUACCACCACCCAAAAAUAGAAAAAUUCAUUUUACUAAACUCGAAAUAAUAACAUCUAAGAAGGCAUGGGGGUUUAUUCUCUGUAUGUUGCAGAUUUCACUUGUAGGGUUAAUUAUAAAAAGAUAUUUCCAGUAGCUUUUCCAUCUUGCUGUAUUCUACAUCAUCCUUUACAUUUUAAAUAGAUACUACAAUUCAAAAAGCAGUAAAAUGGGGGAAAAGAUGCCAAAAUAAUGUUUAUGUCUUUAAAUGGUAUUGUAAUGUAUAUCUGCUUUAAUAUACCUACCAUUUAUUUUCCAAAAUUGUUUCUCUCUAACUGGAAUUUAAAUAAUUAAUAGAGACUAAUUUAUCUGAAUAUAGGAAGCAUAUAUUUACUUGUAAUUUCUAACUUCUUAUGUUUUAAAAGAAAUCCUCCAGUAUGAGAUAUAUACAUAGAAAUGCAUAUAUAUAUUUAAUUGUGUCAUAUUGAACUUUUGUUUUUUAUUUGAAUGGUCUUUAUUUGGGAAUGAGAGGACAACAUUUUUCUAUCCAUCUUUUUUUUUCCUGAAGGUAUUAAACAUUUAGAUUGCUAAAACAAAGAGUGAGCAUUUCUUAGAACUCUGUAUGGCAUUGCUAUUUUACUUGCUGAGUUAGAUAUGUACUAAAGUCCAGAAUGUCACUGAGAUUUUAUUUUUAGAAAAGUGAUUAAAAAUCAUAAUGAAAAGCUUCA